AUAAAUUCUAAGAUGCCAGUUUUUCAUACUAAAACAAUAGAGAGUAUUUUGGAUCCUGUGGCGCAACAGCACUAUCAAAGUCAUAGUUCUUUUAUGAAUAAGUAUGGCGGGAGGGGGUUUGCCAUCUCAAGUGGUGAAACCAGAGAUGACCAAUACGAUCAACGCACACAAAAACCAAAUAAAUUGUUUAUAGAAAUCCAAAGCCGAAUAUACUUUGCGAAAAGCUGAAACAAAAAAUAACUCAAAAUGCGAAAACUCUCGGGUAAAAGUAGUAGAUACUACUCAAAACUUACCAAAAUGAGAUUCAAGCAGAAAACCCCAUGAGUAAGAAACUGAUGAGGAACAAUUAGCCUGGGAAACUGAUUGUAAAAAAGUCGAAACCAAGUAAGAAGAGAAAAACUGAGUUUUCACCUGAAUGUGAAACAAAUAAUAGCAACUGUGAACAAAAGAAAGCACCCGAUAUUAAUGCUGUUACUGUUUUAGACAGACGUGCACCUCCAAUAAUGGUAUCGUAUGUAGACAAUUACAAAGGAUGUACACAAAGAUUGCUGAAAUUGUAAAAAAAACAAAUUUCUGUGAAGCCAGUUUGCAACGAAGUCUACAAAGUCAACGGUUUUAGUAUUGAUGACUAUAGGAACUAAACAAAAAUGCUUUCGGACACCAAAAAAUCAUGAUAUUCAUAUGAAAGUUUCUCGGUUAGUUAUUUUACAUGAAGAAGCUGAAGAUGGUAAUGCUAUGCCUGACCUUAGCCGGCCAGUUCAAGUGGUAUCAGCGGCAGUAGCUAAUUUAAUAAAGGUUGGACGUGAAACGAUAAAUAGUUCUGAUGAUAACAUAUUAAAACAAGAAAUGCCAGCAGCUUUACAACGUGUAGAAACUGCUUCGCAGUUACUUGAACAAGCUUCCGGAAUGUUAAGUUCUGACCCUUAUUCGGGACCUGCUCGUAAGAAACUAAUUGAAGGAAGUCGGGGUAUUCUUCAAGGCACCUCAUCGCUUCUGCUCUGCUUCGACGAAUCAGAAGUGAGAAAAAUUAUACAAGAAUGUAAACGAGUUCUGGACUAUUUAGCAGUUGCUGAGGUUAUAAAUACAAUGGAGGAUUUAGUUCAAUUUCUAAAAGAUUUGUCCCCCUGUUUGAGUAAAGUAUCACGGGAACUAAGUGUACGAGAAAAGGAAUUAACCCAUCAAGUACAUAGUGAAAUAUUAGUGCGCUGUGUUGAGCAAGUAAAGAUACUUGCGCCGAUUCUUAUUUGCAGCAUGAAAGUUUACAUACACAUUGUAGAGCAACAGGGCAAAGGGGUUGAAGAAGCUGCUGAAAAUCGAAAUUAUUUAUCAUCUCGCAUGAGCGAUGAAAUGCAAGAAAUUAUUCGAGUACUUCAAUUAACAACUUAUGACGAAGAUACUAGCGAAUUGGAUAACUUGACGGUAUUGAAAAAACUUACCAAUGCUAUAAAUAAUAAAGCGGAACUAGCGAAUGAGUGGUUAGGUAAUCCAUAUGCACUAAGAGGUGGUGUCGGAGAAAAAGCAUUACGACAAAUAAUUGACAAUGCUAAUGAAAUUUCAGAGCGUUGUCUGCCACAAGAUUCUUAUCCAGUACGCAAAUUAGCAGAUGAAAUCACAGCAAUGACGAACGGCUUAUGUGAAUUACGUCAAGACGGUAAAGGCACAUCAAAUCAAGCUGAAUCACUUGCAGUAAACACAAGACAAAAGCUCUUUAAUUUGCAGUCACUUGUUCAAAAUGCCGUCAUUAAUGUUGACAAAGCGGGCGUACAGCAAACAGCGCACACUAUUCAGGGACGAUUAGAUCAAGCACUUAAAUGGCUACAGAAUCCAGAAAUUAAUGAUGGUGGUUUGGGUGACCGCGCCAUAAAUUUGAUUGUAGAAGAAGGUCGUAAGGUAGCCGAUGGAUGCCCAGGACACCAAAAGGCAGAAAUAAUGCUACUUUGUGAUGAAGUUGAUCGUUUGAAACGCCAAGCUGCUGGUAAUUCUCCAGCGGCAAAGGAGGCUGCUAAGAAGUUAACUCAAAAAUUGCAUGAAUUAAAGACAGCAGUACAAAAUGCACUUGUUAAUCGAAUUGUCCAAGAUUUUAUGGAUGUCAGCACACCAUUAAAGCAAUUUUCUGAAGCUGUGAUGCUGUCAGAAGUAGCACCCGGUCGCGAGCAAAAUUUUAAUCAAAAAUCGAAUAAUCUACAGAAUUUUAGCGAUCGAGCUUCAAAAACCUCGCGAAUGGUUGCAGCUGGAGGUGCUUGCGGCAAUAAAAAGUUAGCAGAAAUGUUGCUUUCAUCAGCUGCACAAGUCGAUUCUCUUACACCUCAGUUGAUUAACGCCGGUCGUAUACGAAUGAAUUAUCCAGCUAGCAAAGCAGCAGAUGAACAUUUGCAGAAUCUUAAGCAACAAUAUGCAGAUACCGUAUUGCGAAUGCGCACACUAUGUGAUCAAGCUACUGAUCCUACCGAUUUUAUUAAAACGUCUGAGGAACACAUGCAAAUGUAUGCUAAGUUAUGUGAAGAUGCCAUACACGCAAAGCAACCUCAAAAAUUAGUUGACAACACCUCGAAUAUAGCACGUCUCAUUAACCGUGUGUUGUUAGUAGCUAAACAGGAAGGUGAUAAUUCAGAGGACCCUCUGUAUACCGCUAAACUGAAUACCAGUAUAAAUCGCCUAGAAAGCUCAUUACCUGUAAUGGUUGGUGAUGCUAAACGAGUUGCAAGCAAUAUUAACGAUUUGACAGCUACCCAUGCUUGGAAGCAAUCAUUCCAAAGGCUACUUGCGGAUGUACAAGAUGUGCGAGAUGCUAUAUCACCACCAGUUCCUCCAACACUACCAACUUCGUUACCACCCAUUAUUCCGGAAAUAAGUACUUUACACAUAUCUAAUCUAAAUAUUGAUCGCGCACCACCUCGCCCACCACUUCCUCGUGAAUGUUUAGCACCUGUACGUCCCCCACCAGCUGAAACGGAUGAUGAAGAUGAGGGAGUAUUUCGUACAAUGCCUCACGCCAAUCAACCAAUUUUGAUUGCUGCACGCGGUUUGCAUCAAGAAGUUCGACAAUGGUCUUCCAAAGAUAACGAAAUAAUAGCUGCCGCUAAGCGAAUGGCUAUACUAAUGGCGCGCUUAAGUGAAUUGGUGCUUUCUGAUUCUAAAGGUAGUAAACGGGAAUUAAUCGCAACAGCCAAAAAAAUUGCUGAAGCUUCUGAAGACGUAACGCGAUUGGCAAAGGAAUUAGCACGCCAAUGCACUGAUCGACGUAUACGUACCAAUUUAUUGCAAGUCUGUGAACGCAUUCCUACUAUAGGCACACAACUAAAAAUUCUAUCAACAGUAAAAGCAACAAUGUUAGGUGCUCAGGGAUCCGAUGAGGAUCGCGAAGCUACAGAAAUGUUGGUUGGCAAUGCGCAAAAUCUUAUGCAGAGUGUCAAGGAAACAGUACGUGCUGCUGAAGGUGCUAGUAUCAAGAUACGCUCUGACCAAACCUGCAACCGUUUACAAUGGGUGCGUCGACAGCCUUGGUAUCAAUAAUGAAGCUUUAUUUAGUUUUUUUAUUUUUUGGAUUGAAUUCUCUUUGGCCGAUUUCACAGUCAUAUGUUAAGACUUAAAACUGACUUAUGAUUAAAUCAAGACAGAAAAGUUGAUGACUUAAGCAUGACUUAUUCAGUAUUGAGAUCUAAACAAUGACUGUAAAAUCAGUCAUUAUUGACUUAAUAUCCUAAUGCUUAUAAAUUAAUAUAUUAAUAUGAUACAACAAUAUUGUUUAACGUACAAAGAAUAUAUCAUUAAAAACUUAAAGAUAAUAUUUUUUACAUUUUAUAUAUGUCAAUGCGCAAUGUUGUUAAACAUAAUAAAUUACAUUAUUUUAUGUUGUAUACUAACAAUAUUAUGGGUAUAAAAACUUAUUGAAAAAAAGAAAUAAUAGAAAUAUAGUUAAAAAUUUUA